AUGGCGGACAACAUCAAGAAGACGGCCAAAGAAGAGGCCAGCAGAGUCCAGCAAAUCGCCAAUGAGGGUGUGAGGUCUGGCGCAUACAUCUACCCUAUCAAGGGCAUCUUCUACCUCCUCUCCCACAAGGAGCUGCGCAAGCCACUGUUUUCACGCCUGAUCCCGACCAUGACCUUGGGUGCUGGUAUCACAACACUCAUGUUCUUGUUUACCUAUCUCCCACAGCUGGCAGUCCUGAUCUUCACAUCCGGACCGAUCGCGGCACUCGCUACCAUCCUGCUGGUCCUGUCCGAGUCCAGCACUCUCACCAUGGUGCUUUCAAAGACUCUCCUCAUCGAAGACGCCCUUAUCGACACCUUCGAUGCAACUCUCGUUCAGCGCGGCCAGACCGCCCUAGUCGAGAAGCAACGCACAGUCAAGGGCUCCGGCGUCGGCGACGCCUUCCAACGCCUUGGCAAGCUCGCCACCAAGCCGUUCGCCAAGUUCUCGCCCCAGGCCAUCAUCAAAUACCUGAUGUACCUGCCACUCAACUUUAUCCCAGUGGUCGGAACCGUCAUUUUCGUCAUCCUCCAAGGCCGCAACUAUGGUCCAUCCUCGCACGCUCGCUACUUCCAGCUCAAGGGCAUGAACAAGUCCCAGCAGGAGAAGUACAUUGAGGCCCGCAAGGCCGCGUACACUGCUUUUGGUAUUCCGGCUGUGCUUCUGGAGAUGAUCCCGGUGGCUGGCAUCUUUGCGGCCUUCACCAACACUUGUGCGGCUGCCUUGUGGGCCGCUGAUCUGGAAAGCAAUCAGGGAACUGCGCAGAACUUGCGGGAAGAAGUGGAGAAGGCGAGCAAGGGUGAUUAG